AUGAAUAAAAUGAGAAAAUUUAAUUCAUCUAUUGACAUAAUACCCCUUCAGGGAGUCAGUAACGAGGAUAUUAUGAGUCCAAUGGGUAAUAAAAGUCAAAUGGAUGAUCAGAUGCGUUUACAGCGUGAUCCACAAAUAAUAUCUCGGGUGCAAAUGUACUUAUAUGAAAAUGAAGACAAAGUUUACAUUGAUGUCAAUGAAAUGGCUGAUAGCUUGCAGAGAAAAUACCGCGAUUACCGAGCUAAGAAGCGUUCAGCAUUUCGCGCCCUGGUACGUCGUGCCUACGACGAAAUCACCGAGAGUUUUUCCAAGAAAUCAGACUCGCUUUCGCGACAGGAUGAAUAUGAUGAUGAAGUUGAGAUUGAGUCAGACACACCGGGAAAUGAUACACUAGGCAGAGAGCUGAUUAAAAUGUACAAAAAAUCAGUCGAUGAAAUGAACGGUAACGGGAGUGACAAGGAAUUAAUUGAUAUUAGCAGUGACGAUGAUUCUGAAAAAGUUGAAGAUAUUGCUCCUGAAAAGAGUCAGCAGUUUGCUAUGAGUAGUGAACAGACUUCUGGCAAAUCGGGAUCUAAAAGUUCAUCUUCUGGCUCUAAGGCAAAAUUGUCAAAACCCGAGCAAGCUAAAAAAGAAGAUAUUAAUCACCAGAAACCUGCGGAGUCAUCAGAAGUAAAAUCAUCAGGGCCAGACAAAUCUCGAAAACGACCACGAGAAAAAACAGCGGAUGGUAGUCCGUCGGGGAUAUUGAAGAAAAAAAAAGAAAGCCAAGCACCAGUGGAGACCAAAAUUAAAUUUGCAGACAUAGGCGGUAACAAAAAAGUACUGGAAGACGUUUGCAGAUUACUGGUCCACAUAAAACACCCAGAGAUAUUUAAACAACUAGGAAUGUCGCCGCCAAGAGGGUUUUUACUUCACGGUCCACCGGGAUGUGGUAAAACAUUGUUGGCUCACGCUGUAGCCGGUGAAUUAGACAUUCCUCUGAUAAAAGUCGCAGCACCUGAGCUGGUAGGCGGUGUUUCUGGAGAAAGCGAAUCUCGAAUCAGAGAAUUGUUUGAUCGUGCUACCGCUACAGCACCCUGUGUAUUAUUUUUAGACGAAGUAGACGCUAUGGCACCUCAUCGUGCCACCGCACAAAAGGAAAUGGAACGGCGUAUGGUUGCUCAACUACUUUCCUGUUUAGACGACUUGGGUACCAAGGAAAACGGUGACAAAGUUUUAGUAAUUGGUGCUACUAAUCGGCCGGAGUCAUUGGAUCCGGCUUUGAGAAGAGCUGGUAGGUUCGACCGCGAGGUCUCCCUCGGCAUUCCCGACAAAGAAUCGCGUGCCUGUAUUUUACAAGUUCAUGCUGCCAAAUUAUCCUUAGCAAAUGACGUUGAUAUUAAGACAAUAGCUUCGCUUACUCCAGGAUUCGUAGGCGCUGAUUUAGUUGCGCUUCUUCGCGAAGCCGCUAUUGCUGCUGUCGAUAGAGUUUUCAAAGCUUUGAAAAAAGAAACCUCAGCGAUUCACCCGAUGACCUCGAGUGACAAAUCGGCUGACAAAGUUCCCGAAAAGGCUGAUAGUGAGGAGGCUGAAAAAUCUGUUGAUAAACCUACUGAGAAAGAACCUGAGAAAUCAACCACCGACGAACCAACAGCGGAAACAGAACAAGAUAGUAAUAAAAUGACUGUCUCGCCUGAUGAGACACAAACUGAAACUGACAAAACUAAUCAAAGUGCUACUCCUGUAGAACCUGAAAUUAUUGUACCUGAGGAAGUUAAUAUGGCGUCACCGGGUACUAGUACAGAUGUUACAGUACCUUUGACUAACGGUAACACAACUGAGGAACAAAAAGCACCUGAGCCAUUGAAUUCAAACUUUGGUGAUUUGGAUGAUCUGUUACAAUUGCUCCAUGACACAAACCCGCUGUCACCUGAACGUUUAGCUGAUUUGCGGAUUGAAAAUAUUGACUUUGAGGUCGCUUAUCGCUCUGUUCAACCUUCAUCCAAGCGUGAAGGCUUUGCUACAGUACCUGAUGUUACUUGGGAUGAUAUUGGGUCGUUGAAAGAAGUACGAGAAGAAUUACAAAUGGCAAUUCUUGCGCCAGUUAAACAUUCCGACAAAUUUGCGGCUUUCGGGCUUAUGGCUCCCACAGGAGUUCUGCUGUGUGGCCCGCCCGGGUGUGGAAAAACACUGUUGGCCAAGGCCAUUGCCAAUGAAGCAGAAGUUAAUUUCAUCUCUGUCAAAGGGCCAGAGCUACUGAACAUGUAUGUUGGUGAAAGCGAAAAAGCAGUGAGACAAUGUUUCAUUAGGGCUAGAAAUUCGGCCCCAUGUGUGAUAUUCUUUGACGAGCUCGAUGCUCUGUGUCCCAAAAGAACGGAGGGUGAUAAUUCAGCAACCUCACGUGUUGUUAACCAAGUUCUCACUGAAAUGGACGGUAUUGAAGGUAGAAAAGGGGUUUAUUUGAUGGCUGCUACCAACAGACCAGAUAUUAUCGACCCUGCUGUGAUGAGACCUGGAAGAUUUGAUAAAAUUCUUUAUGUUGGUUUCCCUACGCCCCUUGACAGAGUUGAUAUUCUGAAAGCUGUGACUAAGAAUGGUACACAACCCCAGUUUGAAGAUGACGUGGACUUGGAGGCUGUUGGAAAAAGUGACAAGUGUGAUGGUUACACUGGAGCUGACUUAGCUUCAUUAGUACGAGAGGCUGGUCUCGAGGCACUCAAAGAAUCAACGAUUAACAACUCUGAUCUCACUAAAGUGUCAAUGCGGCACUUUGAUUCUGCUUUUACUAAAAUUCGUCCUUCAGUACAUGAAAAGGAAGCGAAGCACUACGAAAAGUUACAGAAACUUUACGGUAUUAAAAAACAAAUUGUGGAGCCAAUGGAAACACCAGUUGAUACUCCUAUGAUAGAUUCGUCUAUGGAAGCCAUGGAAACGUGA